AUGGGAAUAAGGAAGUAAACAAUGUCCACACAAGCAUGAGCACUGAGCAGUGUUUUCAAGGGAAAGAAAGCAAAGUUUUCGUAGUUUUCGUAGUAGCCGUUAAAAAAACAACCCCGUCGGCUCGAAACGACAUCAGAUUACCCUGCAUUUCUGGUUAUUUUGUCAUUUAGUGAAAGAAUAUAUACUUAAAAGAGACGAGCUGGUGAGUAUACCAACGCUUCUAUAAACUCACCAACAGCAGAAACAGUCGGAAACAAGGUUUAUGACUCAGUCUGUAUAAAUAACCUCUUGGAAUAAACCACAUCAAAAGCGGAUGCACUCUCAGAUGCUCACGGUGUAGUUUGCUACUUUUCAUCAUCUUCAAGUGCCGAUAAGUCUAAACAUCAUCAUGAUGGCAAGUCGAAACAACACAGCCAUUGCUGCUCCAAACAAUAAGGUGAAAUACUCCAGGCUGGCAGAUAGUGAUGAAGGCUACAUUGAUCUACAGUUCAAGAAAACACCACCUAAAGUACCCUACAAGGCUAUUGCUCUGGCAACGUUCCUAUUUCUGGUUGGCUCUGUAUUGAUUGUUGUCGGAUCCCUUCUUUUGGCAGGAUACAUUAAUGUUACGCACCCAGAUCGCACGAUUCCAGUUCUCAUCAUCGGCAUACUGAUCUUUCUUCCUGGAUUCUAUCAUCUGCGGAUUGCUUAUUAUGCUUCCAAGGGUUACCGCGGUUAUUCUUACGAUGACAUCCCAGACUUUGAUGACUAAACGGAUCUAGUCAUAACGAAUGCUGUUACUUUUAUGUGUUUUCUGCAGAUGUUGCAUGGUUUGCCUUUAGACUUUCAUUCUGUCGGAGAGAAACUGUGGCACACUGUGCUUUACUGAGCUAUCUUUAUUUUACCAAAAGAAAACAGAAGUGCAAUAUUAGUGCAAAAUAGAGUAUUUAUUUAGCUAAAUACAUAAAAGGCCAACAAGAAAUAAGCUGAUAUUUUCGUAGGUUUUAUAAAACUUGAAAAAUUAUUGUUUUAAAAGCUAGAAAAUGUAUUUAUCUGUAAUGAAGCAUGUUAUUUACUAUACACUAUCUGUCAAAUGCUUGGACACAAAUUUGUAUGACAAAGAUGAAAAUAAUAUACAUUUCCUUAAAAAAAACUGGAUAAGUUAGUCUGGAAAAUGAAUAAAAGUAGCCAAAAAAGUAGUAAUGUUCAUGUGAACUUGAAGUCCUGAGUAUCCAAAUUAUUUUUCCCGUAAGAGCAUUUACUGCAGCUUGUUAUUCUUAUUAUUAUUUCCCUAUACAGCGACUAACGAACAGAAAAUGGCUUACCUCCGCAUUGAAAAAUAAGGUGGAUACAGAUCUAGAAUCUAGGCAAAGAUUUAUGAUAUUUAUGUUGUUUUCCUUUUUUGCUUACUACAUUUCCUCAUAUACUUUUAUUUGUGUUCCCAUACUUGCAUAUUUGUUAUUUUGUCAUUUUAAUGACCUUACCAUGAUUUUGAAGUGUCGAAAAUAGUAAUAAUUUGACCAAGCAGAUGUGUCCAAACUUUUGACUGGUAGUUUAGUUGCUAUGCAGUAUUGUUUUUGUGGAAUAUACUGGUUUUAUUUGUUUUAUUGAAAGUGUUUGAAGGAAGUAUUAAUGUUUGCCGCCUUGUGCUUCUUAUUUUUGAGGGAACAAAAAGUUUUGGGAACUUUUGGGAAAAGAGGGAACUAUUUUGAGAUCCACUAAAGGAUAUUAGAAGUAAACAUUUUUUGAUGGUUUUUAAUAUCUAUGUGUAUUGAUAUGCUUUAUUUCUUUUAAGUGAAGCAAAUGGUUUAUAUAUAUAUAUAUAUAUAUAUAUAUAUAUAUAUGAAAUAUUAAACUUUUAUCGAAUACCUGGAUGAUUUAGUAUUACAUUUGUCAAAAUGUGAAGUAAGCUGUACAACAGAACUGGGUAUCCAAUAAAACAAGGC